AUCUGUGAAAAAAGAUAUAGUAAAUAUUUUUCAAAGCAAAAAUUGAUCAAUACACCGGGAAUUAUGUAGUGUUUGUGUGAAAACGUGUGAAGUAUCAGUUAAACACUAAUUAUUACACUUAAAUACAGCACAACAUCGUCUUAGAAGCGUCACGGACGCUGGUUGUGGAGUGGUCUCAUCAUGGGGCCGUGCUGUGUGGAAGGUUGUGAACUCACUUCUCAGGAAACAUUCUAUUUUGAGUUCCCCACAAGCCGUCUACUCCGUCGCAAAUGGCUGGAAGUGAUCCCUAUCCCGGGCAAGCUGCCCCUGGGCACGGUGGUGUGCAGCCGGCACUUCAGUGCAGAUGACUACGAGAAUGUCAGAGGCAAGGUGCGGCUCAAGCGUCGUGUCGUGCCCACACUGUUGUUGGACCAGAAGAAACCCACCUCACCAAAAGAAACACGCCCAAAAUCCCCCACACCACCACCCGAAGCUCCCACCGUAAGCCCCCAACCCCAAUCUUCCCCCCCGGGUCCCAGUUCCCAGCCAUCCCCAAUUCCCCCUGCCCCAGCGUCUCCCAAGACUACAGACACGUGUGACUCAACCACCGUGUCUGUACCAUCGCCGAUGGAUGCUGAGAAACUGAUAGAUGACAUACAGAAGAGAAUAGCGGUGACUGUUAAUAGUUUGCAAGCGCAGAAUGGAGUUAGCAGAGUUGAAAAGACUGUUGUUAGAAGCCCCCCACCACUAGACCAGAAAGAAGACAUCGAAGACAUGAUAACAAACUACCACAUAAAGAACAAAGUCCCCAACCCGGCGCUACUAGCGGACCUAGUCCCCGACUGCCCCCAACCGGGCUCGAACCCCGAGCCCGAGUGCUCCCAGCCGGGAACACAACCUGUGCGCGUUACGUCGGAUUCUAUUGAGAUUGAAGAUGUUAAAGAGGCCGAACCGGUUUUUAUUGAGAUUUCUGUGGAUAAAGAUGCCAACACAGCGGGUGCGGGCAGCCAGGACUGCCUGAUGCUACUGGAGAGCGUGCAGGUGGAGGUGGACCCUGCCACCCUGCUGCUGCACGACGACUACUUCGAUACCAGCAAAAAAGAAGACCCCAUCAGCCUCCUAACUUCAAGCGACGAAGACGACGUGAUACUCCAAGAACCACACAUCGACACGGUCGAAGUCUCGGACGAAACGGAUGAAGACGAUAUGCCUCUUGUCAAGCUCGUCAAGAAAACACCAGAUAAGAAGAAAGUUCUCAAGAAAAAACCACGAAAACAGCGCUCGAAUAUAGAGAAAAUCAUGUGGGGCAUGUACGAUUUUUACUGCGUUCAAUGCCAUUUUACUACGACGAGUAGCUUGGAGUAUAACAAACAUCUUUCUGAGCAUUCUACAGUGUUACAAGUCUGUCAAAUCUGUGGGUAUACGUCUGCAAGUAAAUCAAUGUUCUCCCGUCAUACAAGGAUUCAUAAAGUCGAAAAAAAGUUCAAAUGUCAUCUCUGUGACUAUAGAGCAAGACAUAAAAUGAGUCUGAUAUUCCAUUUGAAAAAUCAUGAUAGUGACACCCUAGUGAGUGCUAAAAACAGUGACACGCGAGUGAAGAAGAAGAAUUUUAAGUGUAGAAAGUGCGAUUUUAAGUCUGAUAGUAAGGUUAAAGUGUUUCAACAUUUUAAAGUGUGUUCUAAAGACAAGAAACAUGUAUGUAGUUUUUGUGAAUAUUCUACUAAGAAGAAGAGCGAUUUGAGAAGGCACGUGCUGAGAAGACAUGCGGAUGUGAACCAUGAUGAUGAUGACGUGGAAUUCUUGGAUGAGUAAGACUGGUUCGGAUAUACGAUUAAUGUAAGAGUUUCUAAAUGUAAAGAGUGUGAGAGAGAUACUAUGGGUUAUGUAAAUAUUGACGCAUUUUUCAGGACAUAUAAAGAUUUUGUGGUUUUUGAAAUCAGUAAAAAACGAUUUGAAAAUUCUAUAAAAUUAACGAAAAAAUAAUAAUAAUCUGAUUUUGGCAAAAAAAACUGAUUAUUCUGUCUAUACUUACUUACUAAUAUAAAAAAUUGUGAAAAUAACUCUUAUUUGUCUGGCUUCAUGCAAAAACUGCUGAACCAAUUUAAAUAAUAUAUGGUAAACAGAUUGUCUAAAGCCUGAGAAAGGUCAUAGAUCACUUUUUACCCGAGUACGGGCAGUAGUUCCCUCGGGACGCUAAUAUAGAAAUAAUAAUAACAGAACUAUAUAACAUUCCAACAGUACUUUUUUCUCUAUGUCUCAAUCAAUAUGUGAAGUAUUAAAUAAAUGAUAAAAACGUGUUUAUAAAGAAAUCAUGUUACCUCUUACUGCUGUUUCCAAUAUUUUAUCAAAAAUUAAAUUGUUUAUUCAAUCUUGGCUGCAAAACAACAUUUUUUGAACGUCAAAACUUUACAAAAGACAGCCCCCAAAAUGCCCACCCUUCACCACUUCCUAUGUGUUUUUGCUGUCUGUAGGUUAGAUAGAAGAACCUUUCAACAUUGUUUUUCUAUAUAAAUAAUACUAGAGAAUAUUGACAUUAGCCCCAUAUAGGUAUGUAAUGUCAUAUUCUAAUCAAAACAAAAAAGCAACAGGGGCCCGAUUCUGCUAAGUUAAUAAUGUCAAAAUUGAAUAGAAAUUGAAUCGCAAUAGCAGUUUUAACCAUAUCGGGCAUUCUGCUACUAAUAUAAGACCAA